CGGCCUUGAGCUAAAUGACAUUGACAGCAACGAAAACAAGUCUAUGUUGAAAAUCACAAAUCAAAUCAAAUAGGCACUUUCAUUCGCAGUUCAUUACUCCAUUUAGUUUGUGUUUAUUUUGUCUGGAUAUCUUAUCAGAAGACUUCGCCAGAAACUCACCGUGAAGUCAUUUGUAAAGCUACGAAAAUGCUGCGCACAAAAAUUCAUAUAGCGCUAAGUGCAAUUGGAGUAUUUUUGGGAUUGUCUGCAUUUAUAUGUUUUUGCAUUGUUUACGCCAACAUAGAGGCCGGAAUGUGGGCCUUAUUAUCCGGUAUCCAUGCCGGCUUGACCCUGAUGCUGCACUGUCACUACCUGAAGGACUCGCUCCAUGUCAACUUCUCCCGCAAGGCUCUCCAGUACAUUGGUGACUUUGGCAUGUUUGGUUUUAUAGCUGGAACAGCUCUCACAUUGUUCUAUGUGUUUCUGCAGAUCUACUAUGGAGCUGACGUUCUGCCAAUAGACACCAGCAUAGUAAUCCGCAUAGUAUGGUCGUUCAUGAUGAUGAAAUGGGGCGGGAUGCUGUAUUACUUCACCAGGUCCUAUCUGCGGACAUACAAUGACCAUCAGCUGUUCUCCGAAGCUCAUAUUGAGGAGACGUAGGCAUCCUUGACCUGUGUCGCCAUCUAG